UUCACUGCCACAGCUUGCAGAGUUCUUGCUACCUGCCCCUACAAAACCAGGACAAACGAUGCCAUUCAUGUCAUCCGUUUAGCUUCAUCCAAAUCUGACACUACUGCUUUCAGCUCAAAAAUCCUCCAUUCUGACUGCCCAUUUGUUCUCUUUCCAAUGGCUGAUUCCAUUCUCACAUCAGAUCACCUGAAAAAGGCAUUACAUGUGUUGGGGCUCCUGAGUCUCUUGCUGCUGAUGCAGAAAGUUGGUGCGACUGAGUUCAAAGUUGGAGGCCCAAAUGGUUGGUCUGUUCCUGCUGAUGCUGCACUCAGCUAUAACCAAUGGGCGGAAAGGAAUCGGUUUCAAAGGGGCGAUUCUCUGCUGUUUGUUUACCCGGCUGGCAACGACUCGGUGCUCUAUGUAAACAAGGAUGAUCAUAACAAUUGCAACACGGCAACACCCCUGGAACUGCACAAGGAUGGGCACACUACUUUCAAGUUGAAUCAGUCUGGUGCUCACUACUUCAUAAGUGGGGUAGUAGAUAACUGUCUCAAGAAUGAAAAACUAGUGGUGGUUGUUCUUGCAGAGAGGAGCAAGGAAUCUUUAACCCCUGCUUCCCCACCAUCUGGAUCAACAGAUAUAGUCCCACCAUCUGGAUCAACAGAUAUAGUCCCAUCUCCGGCACCUGCAGGCGAGGAAUCUCCUUCUCCACCUGAGGGGUUGGUGCAGAUAGCCCCCUCCCCACCUCCUGGAGGUGAGGAGCCUUCUCCAAGUGGAGCUUCAUCGGUAUUUAUCAGUUUUAUCGGUUCCAUCGGAGCUCUUGUUGGUUCAUCUCUUCUUCUAGCUUGAAGGUUUGCAGCAAGAGUUGGAUUUCCAUCUUUGUGUAUUGGUUUUUUUUUUUUUUUUUUUUUUCUUUUUUUGGGGUUUUCGUCUAUGAUUCUUCCCCAACCUUGCUCCCAGUGGAUUGAAAUGGGAAUUCAAGAAUGGUUUGGUGUUUGGGAUAUAUUUGUUACAAUAGAGAAAUAAGCUGACGGUGACCAUCUACAUUGGCUUGAUGAUUAUAUUCACUAUGUAAGUACAAUGUAAAUAAGGAAAUAAAAUGGGUUUACACUCUGAAAGCA